CUUGAGAAUCAAUGUUGUUUAAACAAAAGCAUGCUCUACAAUAUUAUCAAGCCGUGGCUAGGAACAGGGUUGUUGAUAGCUCCUGCAUCCAAAUGGGUCAAACAUCGAAGAAUGUUAGCGAUGAGCUUCAAUACAAACAUAUUACGAGUAUUCUGCGAUACAUUUGUGAAACAAGCUACAACAUUUAUUGAGAAAUUGGAACAUAUGACAAACGACGAAAUUGAUCUAAAUCAUCAUUUAACAACGUGUACGUUGGACAUGGUUUACGAAAGUGGCCCACAUAACUCUUAA